GACACACAAUUAAUCUUCUCCUUUCCCCCUUCUGAUGACCAGGUGGCGAAUCGCAUCUCUGCAUGUCUGGCAGACAUAUCAGUGUGGAUGACGGAUCACCACCUCAAGCUGAACCUCGGCAAGACGGAGCUGCUCUUCCUCCCGGGGAAGGACUGCCCGUUCCAUGAUCUCGCCAUCACGGUUGACAACUCCCUUGUGUCCUCCUCCCAGAGCGCUAAGAACCUUGGCGUGAUCCUGGACAACACCCUGUCGUUCUCAACUAACAUCAAGGCGGUGGCCCGUUCCUGUAGGUUCAUGCUCUACAACAUCCGCAGAGUACGACCCUGCCUCACACAGGAAGCGGCGCAGGUCCUAAUCCAGGCACUUGUCAUCUCCCGUCUGGAUUACUGCAACUCGCUGUUGGCUGGGCUCCCUGCCUGUGCCAUUAAACCCCUACAACUCAUCCAGAACGCCGUAGCCCGUCUGGUGUUCAACCUUCCCAAGUUCUCUCACGUCACCCCGCUCCUCCGCUCUCUCCACUGGCUUCCAGUUGAAGCUCGCAUCCGCUACAAGACCAUGGUGCUUGCCUACGGAGCUGUGAGGGGAACGGCACCGCAGUACCUCCAGGCUCUGAUCAGGCCCUACACCCAAACAAGGGCACUGCGUUCAUCCACCUCUGGCCUGCUCGCCUCCCUACCACUGAGGAAGUACAGUUCCCGCUCAGCCCAGUCAAAACUGUUCGCUGCUCUGGCCCCCCAAUGGUGGAACAAACUCCCUCACGACGCCAGGACAGCGGAGUCAAUCACCACCUUCCGGAGACACCUGAAACCCCACCUCUUUAAGGAAUACCUAGGAUAGGAUAAAGUAAUCCUUCUCAC